AUGGUUGCUUCCGCCGUCCGGAUGCGCACCCCGAGUGCCAUGUUCCUCUCCCGGGGUGCUGCCUCUAUGCGCCGCCCCCAGGUCUCCUACAAGUUCCAGGAGGUCUUGAAAUCCCAGAUGCCCGCGAUCUCCGCUAUCUCCCGCUUCUAUGCCUCCAAGUCCUUUCCCCCUCACACCAUCAUUUGCAUGCCGGCCCUUUCCCCGACAAUGACCGCGGGAAACGUCGGCGCAUGGCAGAAGAAGGCCGGUGACACCCUUGCUCCUGGUGACGUCCUUGUCGAGAUCGAGACCGAUAAGGCGCAGAUGGAUUUUGAAUUCCAGGAAGAGGGUGUCCUCGCCAAGGUCCUGAAGGAGACCGGUGAGAAAGACGUUGCUGUUGGCUCGCCCAUUGCCGUCCUUGUUGAGGAGGGCUGCCCUGCCGAGAAGGAGGCUCCUAAGAGCGCUGAGCCCUCCGCUCCCACCCCUGCCCCGGAGCCCGCCGCUGAGGAGCCUGAAACCUCUGGUGAAAAGCUGCAGCCCAGCUUGGACCGUGAGCCCAACAUCAGCUACGCUGCCAAGGCUCUGGCUCUCGAGAAGGGUGUUCCCCUCAAGGCCAUCAAGGGUACCGGCAAGGGUGGCCAGAUCACCAAGGAGGACGUGCAGAAAUACCAGCCCGCCGCUACCUCCGCCGCUACCUUCGAGGAUCUCCCCGUCUCCUCGAUGCGCAAGACCAUCGCCAACCGCUUGAAGCAGUCGAUGGCCGAGAACCCCCACUACUUUGUCUCUGCCACCCUCUCGGUCACCAAGCUUCUCAAGCUGCGCCAGGCUCUGAACGCCUCCGCUGACGGCAAGUAUAAGUUGUCUGUCAACGACUUCCUGGUCAAGGCUUGUGCUGCCGCCCUCAUGAAGGUGCCCCAGGUUAACUCCAGCUGGAUUGAGGAGAACGGCCAGGCUGUCAUCCGCCAGCACAACACCGUUGACAUCAGCGUUGCUGUCUCCACCCCCACCGGCCUGAUCACCCCUGUUGUUAAGGGUGUCCAGGGUCUCGGUCUGUCCAGCAUCUCCAACCAGGUCCGCGACCUGGGCAAGCGUGCUCGUGACAACAAGCUGAAGCCCGAGGAGUACCAGGCGGUCGCUGUCCCCGUCGAGACCGCCGAGGGCACCGUCACCGAGUGGGAUGAGCAGAUCGUUGUCACUGGUAGCUUCGACCACAAGGUCGUUGAUGGUGCCGUCGGUGGUGAGUGGAUCAAGGAGUUGAAGAAGGUGGUCGAGAACCCUCUGGAGCUUCUGCUGUAA